AUGGCGUCGACAGAAGAGGAAGCUGUUAGGGUUCGCAGGUCGUCCAAGUAUGUUUCUGAGAUGAACAGCGUGGAGCGUCUGCAGUCGCUUCAGGAAUGGGCCGAAGGCAAGAAGUAUAUUUAUCCUGGGGAUGGUGCGACGAUUGCGAUCAAUGCGAAUUGUGGCAUCGGCUCGCUGGCGUUCGGGAGGCCGCUGGCUUCAGUCCAGAGGGAAGGCGAUGCCGCUGCAGACAAAUAUGCUGGUCAAUAUGAUGCUCCCAUCGGGCCACCUGCCUACAGGACUGUCACUGAAGAGCCACUUCCGCAGAAGAAGAAUGCUGUGAAGCGUUGGCUAGACAAGCGACAAGACAAGAAGGAUGCGAAAAGGCGAGCCAGCGCUCCGCCGUAUGUACCCUGA